AUGGAAACGCUCAUUUCUCAAAAAGUAGGGUUUAGGGUACGUGGAGGUAGACGUGGAGUGGACGUGGACGUGGACGUGGACGUGGACAUGGACGUGGACGUGGACGUGGACGUGGACAUGGACGUGGACGUGGACGUGGACGUGGACCUGGACGUGGACGUGGACGUGGACGUGGACAUGGACGUGGACGUAGACGUAGACGUAGACGUGGACGUGGACAUGGACGUGGACGUGGACGUGGACGUGGACGUGGAGGACGUGGACGUGGACGUGGACGUGGACGUGGAGAACUUGGACGUGGACAUGGACGUUUCGGUCGGCGCGGCGUCUACCCCUAGUGGGAGACGUCGCUCCAGCAAGGGCAAGGGGGGCAAGGGCGCGGGUGGAGCUGGAGGGGGCGGUGGCGGUGGCGGCGGUGGCGGCGGAGGGAGUGGGGGUGGCGGCGGGACUAGUGGUGGAGCUACGCGGCCCCGCCGCCUUCUGCUACGCGGCCCUGCCGCCCUCUGCUACGCGGCCACGCCGCCCCUCGAUCGCGGCCCCGCCGCCCUCUGCUACGCGGCUCCGCCGCCCUCUGCUACGCGGCCCCGCCGCCCUCUGCUACGCGGCCCCGCCGCCCUCUCCUACGCGGCACCGCCGCCCUCUGCUCCGCGGCCCCGCCGAGCCGCCCAGCAUCAGCCGAGCCGCCCAGCAGCAGCCGAGCCGCCGCCGAGCCGCCGCCGCCUGCGCCGCCCGAGCCGCCGCCGAGCCGCCCAGCAGCAGCCGAGCCGCCGCCGAGCCGCCGCCGCCCGAGCCGCCGCUGAGCUGCGACCGAGCCGCCGCCCGAGCCGCCCGAACCGCCCGAGCCGCCCGAGCCGCCCGAGCCGCCCGAGCCGCCCGAGCCGCCCGAGCCGCCCGAGCCGCCCGAACCGCCCGAGCCGUGCUACUGUUCCUGAGCUGUGUUCUUCUGCUGCUGACCUACCCGACUCUCCCAGCCCGGUGAGACUUCCAGCUGCUGCCAUGGCCACCCCCAAUGUUCUUACUUUUGACGCUGAGGGGAGGGCCAUUGACUUUGCCGUCUGGAUUGAAGACCUGCAGCUGUACUUACUGUGUGAUGCGAUAGAUGAGGUCUCUCUUUUUGACUUUGUCUCUGGCGCUGUUCCUGCCCCACCUGCUGAUGCUGACUCUGCCGUUCGCUCCAAGUGGGCGACCCGCGAUGCUGCUGCACGUCUUGCUGUGCGUCGCCACCUCCCUUCCUCUGAGCGUGCCCACUUUAGUCAGUGCAAGACCGCUCAGGCCUUGUACGACGCUGUAGUUGCACGCUACUCCUCCCCUUCCUCCGCUACCCUUAGCCGCCUCAUGCUACCGUUUCUCUUCCCUGACCUCGCUUCCUUUCCCACUGUCGCUGACCUCGUUACCCACCUCCGUGCUAGUGACACCCGCUACCGCGCUGCCCUUCCUGCUGAGUUCCGCGCUGCGAACCCUCCUCCCAUGUACAUCACCCUCUACUUUCUCGUCACCCGUCUCCCUGAGUCCCUUCGUGUCGUUAGGGACCAGGGUGUGGUCCUUCCCCCCUGCUGCCCUCUGUCGCCUCUACCGCUGCGGCCGACCUCACUGGUUUUGAGUCGGUCGGCGCGGCGUCUGCCCCCAGCGGCAGACGCCGCUCUGGCAAGAGCAAGGGGGGCAAGGGAGCGGGUGGAGCUCGAGGGGGCGGUGGAGGAGGCGGUGGGGGUGGCGGGGGGAGUGGGGGUGGCGGUGGGGGUGGUGGCGGGAGUGGAGGUACUGGUGGCGGCGGUGGAGGCGGAGGUGGCGGCGGAGGUGGUAGCGGAGGAGGCGGUGGGAGCGGUGGGAGCGACGGUCCUGGUGGGGGAGGUGGCGGUGGAGACGGGGGUGGCGGUGGAGGCGGGGGUCGGAGUGGCUCGUCCCAGCGGAGCAGCUCUGGGGGUGGUGGCAGCAGUGGCGGAGACGGUGGUGGUGGUGCCAGCAGUGGUGGUGGAGGCAGCGGCGGUGGUGGAGGCGGCGGAGGUGGAGGCGGUGGAGGCGGCAGCGGAGGAGGCGGUGGUGGUGGAGGAGGUGGAGCUGGUCGAGGUGGUACCCAGCAGCGUAGCGGCGGUGGUGGUGGCCAGCGCUCGCAGCGGCAGCAGCAGCAGCGCUCGCGGGACAUCCCUCCGCCUCAGCAGCUUCGUGAGUGACGUGGAGGUGGACAUGGACGUGGACAUGGACGUGGACGUGGACGUGGGCGUGGACGUGGACGUGGACGUGGACGUGGAGGACUUGGACGUGGAGAUGGACGUUGACGUGGACGUGGACGUGGACGUGGACAUGGACGUGGACGUGGACAUGGACGUGGACGUGGACAUGGACGUGGACAUGUACGUGGACGUCGACGUGGAAGUGGACGUGGACGUGGAGAACUUGGACGUGGACAUGGACGUGGACAUGGACGUGGACGUGGAUGUUGACGAAGACAUGGUCGUGGAUGUGGACGUGGACGUGGACGUGGACAUGGACUUAGACGUGGACGUGGACGUGGACGUGGACGUGGACGAGGUCGUGGACGUAGACGUGGUCGUGGACAUGGACGUGGACGUGGACAUGGACGUGGACGUGGACGUGGACGUAGACAUGGACGUGGACCUAGACGUGGACGAGGACGUGGACGUGGACAUGGACGUGGACGUGGACGUAGACAGGGACAUGGACUUGGACAUGGACGUGGACGUGGACAUGGACAUGGACACGUCCACGUCCAUGUCCACAUCCACGUCCAUGUCCACGUCCACGUCCAUGUCCACGUCCAUGUCCAUGUCCAUGUCCACGUCCACGUCCACGUCCACGUCCAUGUCAUUUGCACUCUAA